AUGGUAACUCCUCCAUCCAGACCUCCCCGCAACGAAAAAUACCUAAAUGUCGGUCUAUUACGAGGAAAAACACCGAGUGAGGUAUCCUUACUUAUCCGCGAACCUAGAGACCCAUGUGAUGAUUCGUCUGAAUUGUCCUCUUCAUCCUCUCAUGUUAUAUCUGCAACUGGAAGCGAAGAAGAAGAAGUCGCAGAACAUGACGAAAUUCCUUUAGGAGGUGAAUAUGUUGCUUAUGAUGAUGAUGAUGAUGGUAAUGAUGGUGAUGGUGGCAAUGGUGGUAAUCGUGGAAAUGAAGAGGCAGAUAUUGAGGAAGAUGAGGAUGAAGGUAAUGAUGAUGAUGAGGAUGAGGAUGGAAAUGGUGGUGCUAGCGGUGAUGAAGAGGGGGAUGAGGAUGAUAGUAAUGAUGGAAAUGGUAAGGAAAUAAAUGAUGGUAGUAGUGGUGAUGAGGAGGAGGAGGAUCAUAAAAAUGCCACGCGUCUUUUUAGACACCAAUCUUCUUAUGCAAAGAUGAAAAAAUGGCCCCUAAAAGGUGAAUGUACAAGAGUGAGAGACAUUGUUGAAAACUCAGGUUUGUAUGCUGCCGUUAAGAACUCCGUGAUUGCGUAUAACAAGGCUGCAGUAUCAUGUUUUUAUGAGAGGUUUUAUGGCGAAGUCGAUACCUUCCAAUUUCCUUUUGGAGAGAUGGCAAUUCCCGAAGACGCAGAACAGAUUCUAGGAUUGCAGGUAAAGAAGUACCCAAAGAAAGAGUUUAAAGUUAUAACCAUUAGAGAGAUGUAUGCGGGAUCACUUGAGAAAGACGGAGACAAUGAACUACUCUCUGAUCUGGAAGUUCGUGCGACGGCAGCCGCAUACUUGUUGUAUAUCCUUGCUUCAGUUAUAUUUCCCGAUAGCAAAGGAAAAUAG